CGGUUGUCUAGUCUACGGCCGGCCGAGACGUGCGUUCCUGAAACCACACCUUGAUUUUGACUUCCGGGAGAGAGAGUAUCCGAUCAUUGGACUAAUCGGAUCGAAGAGUAGAGAGUUAGAGACUGGAUAGAUGAACGUAGUCGGGAGACAGAUGCAGAGAUCGGGAACGUCGACCGUUCACCAUCAGCGUCAGUACUCCGACAAUUUCUCAGAGACCUCUUCAAAUGGAAGAUGGCUUCAAUCUGCUGGUCUUCAGCACCUUCAGUCCUCGAAUGCAAAUGCAAAUGUUCCUGGUCCACAGGACUCUGGUUAUUAUGACGGCGGAAGAGGAGUUCAGGGUUCAAGAACGUUUUGGAAUGUGCAGAGGAGCUUUCAUGGAGGAAAUGAGUUUUCCUCGGUGCCUUCGACUCCGCCGCUUGAUUCAAGGUCGUCUAGCCUGAGGAAGAAUGGUGAUGACCAAAUGUCGACUGGUGAGCUCAGUCCUGGUAUCUUGGAUCUGCAUUCAUUUGAUACUGAGCUACUUCCGGAAAUGUCGAUUCCUGCUCGAUAUGAUAAUUCUACUCUUUACCAUGCUGCUCGGAGAAGAAGCUUUGAUGACUCUGAGUCUUAUCUUCCUACCAACAAACAAAUGAUUAAAGAACGUGUUUUGCCAGAAAAUAAUCUUCUGAAAAGCUUACCAGCUGAUAAAGAGAAGACUAGUUCGGUUGCUAAAAUCAAAGUUGUGGUUCGCAAGAGACCACUAAAUAAGAAGGAAAUAUCCAAGAAAGAGGAAGACAUUAUAACCAUAGAGCCAACUUCCAAUUUUCUUACAGUUCAUGAGACUAAACUGAAGGUUGAUCUGACAGAGUAUGUCGAGAAGCAUGAGUUUGUUUUUGAUGCAGUGCUGAAUGAAGAAGUUUCAAAUGAUGAAGUCUAUCGUGAGACUGUGGCACCUAUUGUUCCAAUCAUUUUUCAGAGGACCAAAGCAACUUGCUUUGCAUAUGGGCAAACAGGGAGUGGGAAAACAUAUACAAUGCAACCUCUGCCACUUAAAGCAUCCCAGGAUAUCUUGAGAUUAAUGCACCAUGCUUACCGUAAUCAAGGUUUCCAGUUGUUCGUGAGUUUCUUUGAGAUAUAUGGCGGGAAGCUUUUUGAUCUUCUUAAUGACCGAAGAAAGCUUUUCAUGAGGGAGGAUGGUAAGCAGCAAGUCUGUAUUGUUGGUUUGCAAGAGUACAAAGUAUCAGAUGUGGAGACAAUCAAAGAGUUUAUUGAGAAAGGAAAUUCCACUAGAAGUACAGGCACAACUGGUGCUAAUGAGGAAUCUUCCCGCUCACAUGCUAUUCUUCAGCUUGUUAUCAAGAAAUCUGCUGAUGGCAGUGAAUCAAAGCCUCCCCGUGUUGUUGGGAAGCUCUCAUUUAUAGAUCUUGCUGGAAGUGAACGUGGUGCAGAUACCACUGAUAAUGAUAAGCAGACAAGAAUGGAAGGUGCUGAAAUUAAUAAGAGCCUGCUUGCAUUGAAAGAAUGUAUUCGAGCACUCGACAAUGAUCAGGGACACAUUCCUUUCAGAGGGAGUAAACUGACUGAAGUUCUUAGAGAUUCAUUUGUUGGUGAUUCACGCACAGUUAUGGUAUCAUGCAUUUCGCCAAGCUCAGGAUCAUGUGAACACACUCUCAACACAUUAAGAUAUGCUGACAGGGUUAAGAGUCUUUCAAAGGGAAACACUACAAAGAAGGAUCCUUUAUUGUCAACCAUUAACCUAAGGGACUCAACUGCUGCAUCCCUGUCUCCAGUUUUCCCAGCUGUAUCAAAUUUUGAGAGCAACAUCUCUGAUGUUCCAAAUGAAACAAGCAGAUUUGGAUGGUCCAGACAGAUUGAGAGAGAGGCUUCUCCCCCUUUUAAUCUGGAUCGUACACCUAGUGGAAGGGAGGAGGGCCUUUUUGCUUCGGCUGUAUAUUCAGAUGUCCUCAAGGAUAACCGAGGUGAUAGGUUUGGAACUACCAUGGAGGAUUUUGAUUACUCGGAGGAGUUUUAUGAGCAGAGGCCACCGCGAAAGACCGGAAAGCCAGAGACCUACCAAUUCUCUGGCGUAGAUGACAGAAGAAGGAUAACUCACACACUGGCAAAAAGCAAAAAUCUGCCAACCUUCAAUGUUAACAACUCACAUUCAGAAGAUGAUCUGAAUGCUCUCUUAAAAGAAGAGGAGGAUCUGGUAUCUGCUCACAGAAAACUGGUUGAGGAGACGAUAGAUAUUGUCAGAGAGGAGAUGAAGCUGUUGGUUGAAGCAGAUCAACCAGGAAAUCAGCUGGAUGAUUACAUCUCUAGAUUGAACACUAUUCUUUCUCAAAAGGCUGCAGGGAUAUUACAAUUGCAGAACCGCUUGGCUCAUUUUCAGAGGCAUCUAAAUGAGCACAAUGUUUUAGUCUCAUCUGGUCUUUGAUUUCGUGGGACUAGUUGAUUGGAUCCUUGAGGAAUAAACUAUUUAGAUGUUGUACUUAUAGAUCCUUAUUUGCCAAUCCAUGUGCAAAAAAUACUAGUUUCCAUUACAGACAUAUGGUGUCAAUGGUGGUGACCUGUUGCCGUCGAAAUCUGGUGUUUCAGCGGAGCAGUUGUGAUAAUUCUUUUUUCAGUUGUGGUUCCUAGUUGGAUGGUCUGUGUUCGGUUUCACAGGUUGAAAAUUUUCCAGUGGUGUAAGGCCUUGUUACUUUGUCAAUUGUUAUCACUCUAUUGUGAGUUAUCAUACACUGCUAUUUAUGUAUGCUUCUUGGCUCUGUUAAUGUAAAGGAAUUCAUAGGAACUCUUGUGUGUAAAAAGUUGUCUUCCGUUUCUUUUUGAGA